AUGGCGGCCGAGAGCGCGGAGCCCGCGGAGGACGGCCGCGCCUGGUGCUGCGACGACGUGCACGAAGGCACCCUCCACAACGGCUCGGGCGACGCGCGCGUCGACGGCGAUUGUGGCGAUCCGGCGGCAGCCGCGGCGGCCACGGCGGCUCGGCUCCAGGUGCUGGCGGAGCGCGGUCGCAAGCGUGCUCGGAUGGAGGCCGAGGAGGACGGCAGCGCAGGCGGCGCAGGCGGCAGCGGCGGCGGCGGCGGCGAGACGCUCGAAGGCGAGGGGUCAGUCACGCUCGGUGCCUUUUUCAACGCCCUCGACCACUUCACGUUGCGGCGCCCGGCCGAGGGGGGCUCCGAGCUCGCCCUGUAUGACGCGCUCCGCUCGCCCGAUCGCGCGCUGCUGCGGGGCGGACACUUUGUCGCCGAGGGGUCUCUCGUCGUCGAGCAGCUGCUCGCGCUGCGGCGCGAGGACGGCACGCCCCGCUUCCGCCUCGUCUCGCUGCUGGGCACCGAGCAGAUGCUCGGCAGGCUCGCCCCCGCCAUCCAGCGCGCCGACGAGGACUAUGCUGACGACGGCUCUCGUUGCGUCGCCUUUGGCGGCUCGCGAGCCGACUUGUCCGCGGCGACCGGCUUCAAGCAUUCGGCGCUCUCCGUCCUCGGCAUCGCGCUCCGCCCGCCCUCCGCCGUGCCCCUCUCGCCGUGGCUCGCCGCGCUGGCGGCCGCGGCGGGGAUGCGGCGGCCGACGCUGCUGCUGCUCGACGGCGUCAUCAAGCCCGAGAACGUCGGUGCGAUCCGCGCGUCGAUGGGCGCCGUCUUCAAACUGCCGUACACGUUCGCGCCGCACUGGCCCGAGGCGGUGCAUGCGCCGCUUGAUCGGGUUGCGGGUGUGGACGGCGUCUCUUCACUCCUCGCAGCUGUGCGCAUCGCGAUGGCGCCCGCGAUGGCGGUCGACUCGCUGCACGGGGUGGACUCGCUCAACGUCAACGUGGCGGCGGCCAUCGUGCUGGAGCGCAUCUUCGCCUUCAACCGCGCGGAGCCGGCCGACGAGUGA